GCCAUUGUGUGUAUAUACUUGUAUACUCUAUAUUUAUAUAUCGCCGCUAACACCUUAAAAUCUUACAUUGAAUUGGAGCAGAGAGAGAGAGCUAUAGCCAUGGCGUUGGUAGCAGAACCUGAACAGCCUUCGCCGGACAUUUACAUACCUCAAGAAUGGUCCGACGCCGCCGAGUCCAUAGCCUACGACUCAAUCACUUCGCCUCCGCCUGUUGCUUUCAUCUGCGGCGCCAAAAACUCUGGAAAGACCACCUUUUCUCGCCACCUCCUCAACGUUCUUCUCAAGAGGUAUAAAAAAGUAGCUUAUUUGGAUACAGAUGUUGGCCAGUCUGAGUUUACUACUCCUGGGUUUCUUUCUCUCACUGUAGUUGACAAAUUAACUCCAGAUUUGACAAUUCCUUGUCUCAAGACUCCAGAGAGAUCCUUUUUCUUCGGUGAUACUUCCUCAAAAAGGGAUCCAAAGGGAUAUUUGAGUUACAUAUCUGCCCUAUACGAUUACUAUAGAAAGGAGUACUCCACAGCCAACAAGGAAAAGACUACUAAGAGUGAGUUGCCUUUGGUUGUUAAUACACCAGGCUGGGUGAAAGGUGUUGGUUAUGAAAUUUUGGUGGAUAUGUUGAAGUACAUUGCUCCUACCCAUGUUGUGAAAAUAAACAUAUCCACUAAGAAUAAGAAUCUACCAGGUGGGGCAUUUUGGUUAGACUACCACAGUGAAGAGAUGGUGAAUCUAAUUGAGAUAAAUGCUGCUCGUCAGGAUUCAUAUAAUAGAUCGGUUCUAAUUCAGAAGGAUGCACAUCUUAUGCGUGAUUUACGAAUUAUGGCAUAUUUCAGGCAGUGCUUUGCAAGUAAUCUGAACAUCUCUACCAUCAAAGAACUUGCAAAUGCACUGGCUUCACAACCUCCUUAUGAAGUUCCAAUAUCAAGCAUUAAGAUUAGACAUCUCUACAGCCAGGUCCCACCUACUGAAAUCUUUUACAGUUUGAAUGCAACUAUAGUCGGGUUGGCUGUUAGCUUUGAAGAGUCUGAAAGUUUACCUUGGUGUGUGGGUCUUGGGAUUGUGAGAGGUAUUGACACUUUGAAAGGUGUGCUAUAUGUCAUUACGCCAGUUCCACCAAGCACUCUGGAAAAAGUUGAUCUGUUUUUACAGGGUUUUAUCCAAAUUCCUACUUCCUUGUUGCAGGUUCAAGGGUAUGUGUCACCUUACAUGUCCACAAAUGUUUUCUCAACAAGCUAGCUUUACGAUUUUUCAGAGGAAAGUUUCCACUUGACCUUUCUUUUUUCCGUUCAUAAUCUUAUCAAGAACAAAAGAUGGACAGUGUACCUAAACCAAGUUAGCUGCUUAUAUAAUGUGGUUAAGAUAGUGUUAGUUAUUUUCUUUUUUCUUUUAAGAAAAGAUAGUGUUAGUUUAAUCUUUCUCUUCGACUUGAAAAUCAGUGUAAUAGCAAUUAAAUUAUAGGCCAAACUAUGCUGUAUAAAGACUCACUUAUGGAGAUUUCAACACUUACCUAGUUCACUUCA